GACAGCUGCGAAAGGUGUUACUGAUGCUGUCCUUGAGCAUUUUGCACGAGUCGAAAGCUUGGUGCUAUUUCGUGUUACAAAGGUCUCUACUAUCACAGAUGCAGGUGUCAAUUCAUUUCGUAAGAUCAGCAUUGGAAGCGGAGGAUCCAGUAAAGGGAUUGAAGUUCUAUCGUGUCCAGGAGUAUCUUCAAGAUAGAUAGUUUUGCUAUGUUGGUAGCAGUAUGAUAGUAUUAUGAAAGUAGUAGUAGCAGUGCUGGCUUGUAUGUACUUUAUUCUCAAAGGUAUAAUAAACGAUAUUUG